AACAGAAACAAAACGAGGGGAAGAGAAGGAGAAGGGGAAGGGGAGGAAGGAGCCAGCGCCGCCGUCUCGACCCGCACCAUGUCCGGCCGCUUGCAGCAGCUGCUCGCCUUCUAUGUGUCCGGCUGGCUGGCGCUGGAAGCCUGGCCCUUCAAGGUGGAAAACUGUACCGUGGAGCUGCCGGCCCCGACCAACCUAACUGUGGAGCUGAGAGGGAUCGGCCACGUUACCUGCUCCUGGUCCUGGCUCAAACCACAGCACCUGGAGAAUGAUACCAGCAGCCUCUACCAAUACGACAGUUCAUUUCAGUUUGAUGGUGGCCACUGGGAGCAGAGAAAAAUAAACUCCCUCCUGUACCGGGAGGAAGGUGUGGACCGUAACCGUCACGUUACCUUUCAAGUGCGAGUGUUUGUGGCAAACAAAACUGGACCUUGCCGAUCAAGCAACUGGGUUUCCAUUUCAAUCCCCUCGGAUGAAGGUGUCGCUGCUGUCAAAAACUUCACCUGCGUAUUCUAUAACUUCGAAUACGUCAACUGCACCUGGGAUGUGGAUCCGACUGCUCCUGAUGCCAUCUAUCACUUCCAUUACUGGAAGAAUACCAUGGCGAGUGUUCAGAACUGCAGCGACUACAUCUACAAAGGGAACCGCCGCGCCGGGUGUCAAAUUCAUCGCGACAAACUAGACAAACUAGAGUUGACUUUGAACAGUCGGGUGCAAGGAGUGAGUGCCAGGGGGAAGAUUAAACCGUUCUACUACAUGCUGGAGAGUUAUGCCUUUGUGAAAUUACGCCCGCCAGGAAGGAUAGAUGUGGCGCGCAUUCGAGAGGGCAUUAACGUGAGCUGGGAGAUUCCCAGUGACUGGAAAUCACAUUGCACCAAAUACGAAGUGAGAGUUUGCAGCGUGAAGCGGGUUUCGUGUAUAGACUAUAUGUUCCAGAAAGCAGCGGGGACGAUCAUCGAUGCCGACACCAAGUCUAAGAACACUGUCCAGGUGCGGGCCAUGUACGACUUAUGUGGCUCCUCUGGGAUAUGGAGUGAGUGGACACCAGAGCACUAUUUCGGGGAAGAUGCCGGGACAACGUGGAACUGGAGCAUCGCUCUGCUCAUCUUCAUCCCAGUGCUGGUGGCUGUGACCGCAAUCAUGCUAUUCGCCAAGCUGAAGCAACUGAGGAGAUGGAUCCUCCCUCCCAUCCCAGACCCCGGCCGGCUGCUGAAGGAUAUGUUUUUCGAUGGGAAUGGAGACCAUUCGGUAGGUCAACUCUUUGUGGCGUCAGCAUAGGUGUGGAAGCAGAGA